AUGACUCGCCUCACCCUCCUCCUGCUGCCCGCCCUUGCGGCCGCCCACUUCACUCUCGACGCCCCAGUCUCAGUGGGACCCUUCGACGAGGACACAGAAGGCACCUCCCCCUGCGGUGGCGUCACCCUCGACUUCUCAAAGGACAACGUGACCGACUUCCACGUCGACGGCGAGGCCAUCGAGCUGUUCCUGGGACACCCCGAGGCCAACUGGCUGUUCCGCGCCACCACCGACCAGACCGGCAGCUCCAACUGGACCCAGAUCUACCCCAUCUUCACCCAGACCGGUGAGGGUGACUACUGUCAGCAGGCGGUGGCGGCACCAGCCAGCCUCGUGGGGUCAACGGGCGUGCUGGGUGUCGUGUGUGACGGACCCGACGGGCUCUUGUACCAGUGCGCGGCUGUUAACUUCGUGUCGGGCUCGGGCAACUACUCAACAACCAGCUGCAAGAAUGCCUCCGGUGUGACGGCCGCUUUCAGCUCCGACUCCAGCCUGACAGCCCUUGUCAGCGCCGACGAGUCGCAAACAAACGGCACCACCACCGCCUCUAGCAGCAGCAGCGCCAGCAGUAGUGCCUCCGUCGCCCCCGGCCUCGCGCCGGCUGUGAACGGCCUGUUUGGCAGCAUGGUGGCGGUGCUUGCGGCCGGUCUGCUUGGGUCUGCCCUGAUGCUGUGA